AACGGUUGUUUGACGUUGCUAACGGUAUACGAGGGUUUUAGACUGGGAAGUUUACCUAUCGAGUGGUUCUCUCUCUAUAUUCAAGUGAUUCUGUGUACUAAGUUCUAAGAGUUGGUCCAAGAUGCCGAAGAAAGGGAAGAAGGGAAAGAAGGGAGGAAAGAAGGGCAAGAAGGGGGGAAAGAAAUCGAAAAAACAGGAGUCAGUUAUGGCCAUAGCAGCGGCAAAUUCUAAAGUUUGGGAAGCAAGACUGGAGAUUGCUGAAGCAUCAAGAAAUGAAUAUCGAGUAAACGCCCAUCGGUUGGUCCAGGAGAAUGACGCUCUGUCCACACAGAUGGUACAAACGGAGAAGGAUACCAUUGACGUCAUUACGUACCUCAGACAACAAGAACAAGAAAAGGAUGUCGCCCUGGAAAAUGAAAAACAACAAAAUAGAGAACUGAAAAAACAGCACCGUCAAGAAAAGGAAAUUUUGGUCGAUGACUUCACGAAGCAGAUCAGCGAAUUAGAGGACAAACUCGGAGAGAAAAUGCGGGAAAUCGACCUCAUCCAAGGGGAGCUAAAAACCGUGAAAGAAUUCCGUCGAAAGCGCGCGCAAAUGCAGAAAGAUCUGGAUGACAUCAAAGAAGCCAUGCACAACGCCAACAGAACACAUAAAGAAAAUGUCGGUCGAAUGGAGCAGAAGUUCUUUGAAGAGAAGAUGCGACUCCAACAGGAAGCAAACAAGAAAAUUGCUGAGCUGGCUGAAAAGGCGCAUUCGGAAGCCAUCUCUAACUUAGAUGAAACAACCAAAAAUGUUUACAAGGAAAAUGUUCGUCUGUCCGAGGCGCUGAAUUUUCACAUGAAGGAAAGCGACUUGCUAAAAAAGGAGCGAACUGAACUUCUCACCGAAAACGAAAAACUGAAAGGUGACAAAGAAAUCAACGAUAUUAUGGUCCAGGACAAAAUUGUGCAGUCGAAGCAUCAGAAGGAAAAACUUAAAGAAUAUGAGGAGAAAAUCGAAACCCUGGAAAAAUCACUGAGUCACGUGGUGCGCGAAUUCGAAUCGGAGAAAAGUAAACUUCAGGACGACUUGGAAACGCAGACGGCGGCCGCUAAAAUCGAACUCACUAAGCUCCAACGGGUCCUUGAGAUGAAAUCACGCGAGAUGUCGAGGGUGAAGAAAUUAGCCAAGACGAUCCUGGAUCAGAGAACACAGCUGGAGAGGUUCUUCUUGGACUCCCUAGAAGAAGUAAAAAUAGAAAUCGCUGCUAAUCAGACACAAUAUAGACGCGAUGCGCAGGCGGCUUACCAACACAAGAUGUUCAAUGCUGUUUCCGGUAAAGGAGAUUACCCCAAAGUACGAACAUUUACGAAAUGUGAUUCUAGCACGAACAGUGUUUUUAAAGAUUUGGAAGCCGCCCAGCUUCUACACGACGUCAGCAGCAAGGUAGAUAUUAGCGAACUGACGUGGGAACAGCGGGAACGCGUGUUGAGAUAUCUAUUUGCUAAGAUGAAUUUCAGUUCCAGUUUACAAAUUACCAAAGUUUCUUCCGCUCCAAUCCUCCGAGAGAGUCGACCUUUGAGUAUAACUCAAGGAGACGAAGGUGUUCCGGAUGACACAACGUUCUUAACACAAGUUAAAGUGGAAAUACCUCACGAACUAAACAAACAUCCGGUCAUACCAAGCAUUGGUCAAACGUCAUCCAACACGGCACUAGAAACCCAGUAAAGUAUUAUUUAUUUCUCCAAAGACACUUCUGUGUGGAAUCCAUUGCCAGGAACCCCGACAGCAUAAAUCUGUAUUGUGUGAAUUUUUUAUUUAGUGCGUAUGGGGGUCUUUAGCAGUUGAAGGAAACCGGAGGAAAACAAGAUGUUGGACAGACGGCCCUAUUCCUCCUUAGUAAUGAUCAUUUAAAACAGUUCGUUUCUUUGGUUUCAAUCUUCAUUUCAGACAUGCAUAUUGUUUUAUAUCUGAACUUUUCGUGUCGAUUGAUGUGGAAUUUGGAUUUAGUGUAUACGAAACUGCGUCUUAAAAAGAAUCGUGGUGAUUACGAUCUUCAUUUCAGUACAGUACAUGCCAUUUCAGACUUGUACGCCAUUUUAUCUCUGAAGCUCUUGUUUCGAUUAAUCUUGUUUAUAAAACCCUGAUAACAAAAAAAGAAAUAUUGUGUGCUGAGUUGAAUAAAUAUGUAAAUUAAAGACUCGAUGCGUCAUUUUAGACCGAAAGGAAUAGAUGCAAACUACAAUAUCGUGAAAAGGGGUUGGGUGGCCGAAUGGUUAAAGCGUGUGCGUUGGAUCAGAAGGUCAGCCAGUGAGUCAAAUGAUGUGGAUUCAUUUCCCCGCUUGUACGUGACAAGGAGUCGGGGCGCCUGUCCAACCUCAUGUGUUUUAAGCUGGUCCUCAGGUUUUCCCCCAUUGCUAAAGACCCCUACGCGCAAGCGAAUUAUUGGAAUAAAAUUGAACCAUAUAAUAGUCCCAAAAUGACCUAGUUUGUGUCGAGUGUACGUUAAACCCCAUAUCUCUCUCUUUUUACUGAUAAGCCUAUUCUAAAUCCGAUUGAAUCCAAGCCCGGAUAUUAUCUAGUGUUGAUAUUAUGAUUUCCUAAUUAAAUAUUAAACAAUCAAUUUUACUACAUGUUAAUAUAAUUUUAGCGAAAAAUACAAAUGACGCACCGUGGCUUUAAAUAAUAAUAAGAAACAACUCUGUAGAUAUUAAUUUGUAAACAAAGUAAUUCUAACCUAGAUUGGAACAUUCAUUGCCAUGUUUAUUCCUAAGGGGAAAUAACUCUGCUGUUGUCUCGGGCACAUUAAACGUAUUUUAAAAAUAAAAUAUUGAAGACUGUGAUAUUGAAUAAAAUAAUGGAUAUUGUUUGUUGAAUUAUGGUGAUGAUUUAAUCAUAUAAAAUUAUAUUUUGUAUUAUUGUUAAAAGUAUCAACUGAAAAUUAAAUGUAUAUUGACUGUGAUAUGAAAAGAAA